UCUUAUUUCGUAUUGUUCCUGAACGCAGCCGACAGCAGCACACUCGUGACGUCAUUAACACGCGCCGCAUAAACAGAUUCCUGUUUGUCGUGUUGGAUCCCUUUGGAUCACAUUUCGGACGCAUUUAUGUGGAGGAUGUUCCUGCAUCUCCGCUGGCUGCUGCUCCUGUCCAUCUCUGCUGGGGUUUGGUCUGUGCCCAUCGACCGCAAUGGAGGCAACCAGGAGCCCAAAGAAGAGGUGCAGGAGGAAAACAUGGAUACGGGUCUGUAUUAUGACCGGUAUCUCAGGGAGGUGAUUGAAGUUUUGGAGACGGACCCUCACUUUAGAGAGAAGCUGCAGACGGCAAACACAGAGGACAUCAAGAACGGCCGUCUCAGCAAAGAGCUGGACCUGGUCGGCCAUCACGUCAGGACCCGACUGGAUGAGCUGAAGCGGCAGGAGGUUUCUCGGCUCCGGAUGCUGCUGAAGGCUAAACUGGACAGCAGCAACACACAGACUCUCCAGAUGGACCACGCCUCACUGCUGAAACAGUUUGAACAUCUGGAUCCUCACAAUCAAAACACCUUUGAGGCCAAAGACUUGGAGCUGCUGAUCUCAGCGGCCACCAAGGACCUGGAGAACUACGACGCCGAGCGGCACGAGGAGUUCAAACGCUACGAGAUGCUGAAGGAGCAUGAGAGGAGGGAGUACCUGAAGAGUCUGGACCAGGAGAAGAGGGAGAGAGAGGAGAAAAGGAUGCAGGAGCUGAAAGAGAAACACCGCCAGCACCCCAAAGUCAACGCUCCGGGGAGUGUGGAUCAGCUGCGGGAAGUCUGGGAGGAGACGGAUGGACUGGAUCCUCAGGAGUUCAACCCUAAAACCUUCUUCAAGCUUCACGAUACAAACGAAGAUGGAGUUCUGGAUGAGCAGGAGUUGGAGGCGCUCUUCACAAAGGAGCUGGAGAAAGUCUACAACCCGAAAAACGAGGAGGACGACAUGAUGGAGAUGGAGGAGGAGCGGCUCAGAAUGAGGGAGCAUGUUAUGAAAAAUGUGGACACAAACAGAGACCGACUCGUCAGCCUGGAGGAGUUCCUGAAGUCCACAGAGAAGAAGGAGUUCAACAACGCCAAGGAGUGGGAGACUCUGGACUCAAAGCCAGCGUACACGGAGGAGGAGCUGCAGCGCUUCGAGGCGGAGCUUCGAGACAAAGAGGAGGAGUUGAAGAGGAAGGCAGACGCUCUUCAUCAAGAGCAGGAGCUGCUGAAGGAGAGAGGAAAAGCUUUGGAGGCUCAGAGGAGAGAGUACCAGCAGGCCGUGUUGGAAAUGUCUCAGAGGCAGCAGCAGGGAGCAGGCAGGGAGCCUCCCGUGGGUCCUGAUGGAGACCAGCAGACGCACAAAUCUGAUGAGGCCAAAGCCCCGGCUGAAGUCCAGAACAACCUGCCUGCAGAACCACCACAGAACCUUCCCAUCAACCCCUGAAGCAUCGCCGUCUAACAACCACACAUUAUAGCUGGGUCGGGGAAUGCAAUCUGUCAUGGAACCGUGUGAAUAACCUUCAUCAAAGCUUCUUGUUUUUCAUGACCUGUCGUGCUGUGUGUUUCAUUACUGUGGUCUAUAUUAGAUUGAAGAUUUCAAAACACCAGCUAUUUGGAUUUGUUUUGCUCUUUUGGGUUUCAGUGGCGCUUUUCAUUCUAGCACGUUCAUCAAAGGAAAACUAUAAAAGUCUUUAAAUAAAAUGUUACCUUAAACCCAGA